AUGGCUGGGGAGGGCAAGAACCCAAACUGCCAGAUCCUCAGAAAAAGCUCGAUCAUCAACAGGGAAGACCAUCUCCGUUUACUCCUAGGUCUUGCAUACUUCGAGAAGGACGGAGGACCGAUUCUCACACCCGCCGCUAGGCUCCGACCAACCGGAACUCAUUCGCGUCACUUCCGGUCCGGUUUCCCCCGGGAGACACCCUCUGUAGGAGAAACUUUCCUCCUUCUUUUCGGUACCCUCGGCCGAUCCUCGCGGGAUUUCAGUUCGGCUCUCAGUUCGAGCCCUGUGGGCGGGGCGAGAAGGAAAAAUGAUUGUUCCCUUCGCGUUUCCUGCUCCGGAAGUGAUUGUCACGAAACUCCGGAAGAGACGCUCUCCAAAUCCUUGGUUAUGGAUUACUUGGCUCAUCCCGGCGUAUGCUUGGCUGUCGGAGUUGCUUGUGGAAUGUGCCUGGGCUGGGGCCUCCGAGUACGCUUUGGAAUGACCCCCAAAAGCUCAAUGAACGAGACAGACAGAGAAACGGGGACUGAAGCCAGCAUCUUAGGAGAGAGUGGGGAAUACAAAAUGAUUCUUGUGGUUCGAAAUGACUUAAAGAUGGGAAAAGGGAAAGUGGCUGCGCAGUGCUCUCAUGCUGCUGUUUCUGCCUACAAGCAAAUUCAAAGAAGAAACCCUGAAUUGCUCAAAGAAUGGGAAUACUGUGGCCAGCCCAAAGUGGUGGUCAAAGCCCCUGAUGAAGAAACCCUGGCUGAAUUAUUGACCCAUGCCAAAAUGCUGGGAUUGACUGUAAGUUUAAUCCAAGAUGCUGGACGUACUCAGAUUGCACCAGGCUCUCGGACUGUCCUAGGAAUUGGGCCGGGACCAGCAGACCUAAUCGACAAAGUCACUGGUCACCUUAAACUUUACUAAGUGGAAUUUUGUAUGAUGUUGAUCCCUCCACCACAAGUCAUUCUAACAACUUAUGCUGACUUUCUUCCCCCAAAUUCAAUAUUCUUGAGAUGCAAAUAAAAUCUGUUCCCAUGUUCUUCUGUCAUGUACUUGCAGAAUUAUCAUCUUGGGCUAAAAAAAAUAUUGUUGGUUAAAUGGUCCUGAUCUAGUGAUAGGUACUGAAGCCAAAAAUAUUUGAGAAACAGGUCAUGAUAAAUCUAGGUUACGAGUGGGAAAACAUUUUCCUAUGCCAUGAUCAGAUAUCUUUAUGCUGAUAGCUCUUCUUCCCCAAAACUGGUGCUGUCCCCCUUGGAGGAUCUGGAGUGCAGAGGUAUUCCCACUGGAUUCAAACUGCAAAGUUUGUUUUCCUCCUGCCACUUUGGAUGACUGAUAGCCUCCUUUAUUAAUAGAUCAUGGUAUAGCCAUCCACAAUGGAGUGUUGAGGAUUGAAAAUGAGGUUUUAUAUUCAUGGUAUAAUGCACCUAUGCAGUGCUUCAUGUUCAUUUCCUCUGAUCCACACUGCCCAAAGGUUCUAAGCAUAAUCUAUAAAAUUCCUUUACUUCUCUUUUUUCUCCUAACAUUGAAGGCAUUUAGACUUGUGAAAUGACCUGUAAGCACCUUGAAGGUGUUAAUGGCCCCAUGUAGAAAUUUAUGGUAAAGUGAAUGCAGUUUGUCAUCCCAACACUCCAAUGUUUCUUUACCCCGGAGCUUAAGGAACUAGGUAAUUCAGUUAUUUAAGGGUACCUUUUUUUCCGUUUUGAUCUUUAUAACUUAACAUGUAAUUCCAGCUACCUAGAAUAUGAAGCAAAAGGUCCAAGCUCCCAAAAACUGCAUAACCUCAUGAUUUUUUCUUGGUAGAGGCCAUUUUCCCUGAAGGCCUCUGAGGCAAUCCUGACAGUUUCCAAAUUCAGUAUAUCCCUAAGAACUAUACUGGUGCCAGGGAGAAUUUUGGCAACAGGCCAAUAUUAGCUGGCUUUAACUUUCAAUGGCUUAAUAUUAGCCAGAAGUUAAUAUAAGCAGUAAGACAGCACAACUUCAAGGUCUAAGGUCAACAAUGGAGUCUGUGGGGAGACUUUUUUGUAGUAGUUUAUUUUUUGUUUUUGAGAAUAUACAGCAGAACAUACACCAACAAUUUCUACAUGUAUAGUUGACAUUGAUUAUAUUCAAGUAAAGCAACCGUUCUCACC